ACCGCCUAGGCAGCAAAAGUCGGAACAGCGAUCGGCCUUAUCGACGUAAUUUCUCGCCCUCGCCCUCCGUGCGAUCCUCAGCGCGAUCAGAUCGGGCAAGAUAAAUGUUGAGGGUAAACGGCGCCCUGCGUCGCCCGCCAGCGCGAGGCCAAGUGGAUCGAGCCUUGAAGGCGACCGGCGAAAUGCCGGUCUCUCUAAGGAACCACAGAAUAACAUAAAGGGCGGCCUGCAAUGAUUUAGAGCCUUUUGCAGCGCGCACGCACGGUCGCGCAACGGUGAAAGGAUCGCGAGAGAAGAAAUAUCCUCGGGGUGAUUCAGGGUGGUGAACCUAGCUACCUAUCUACACCUCGAGGAAUAACCCCGUUGCCGUCGUGGAUAUUGUCUGACGGCAUCCUCCCCGAUGCUCUGAAUUCAAGCUGUGAAUAUCGUAAAUCCGGAUCGAGAGAUAUCACGCGCGAAGAAUGGAGGCCAGCGAGUGGGAUCAUGCGACCUUGAGGGAGGAAGAAUUCGAGCAGCAUGCCGUAUAUUUGGUACCGGAUGUGGCGACAUCGCCGGGCGAUACCAAUCGUGCGGAAGCAUCUUUGCCGCGAAAUCUGGUCCUCAAGCCCUCUCAAGCUCUCAACGACGUGUUGGGCGUAUGGAGCACCAGUUACAUCCCUAAAGGGACACGUUUCGGCCCAUUGGUCGGUCAGGUGUAUACGAAAGAUUCGGUACCAGCAGACGCGAACCGAAAAUACUUCUGGCGGGUAUACAAGAACAACGAGCUGUUCUACUACAUCGAUGGUUAUGACGUCCAAAAAUCGAAUUGGAUGCGUUACGUGAAUCCCGCCUACUCGUCCGAAUCGCAAAACCUAAUAGCAUGCCAGUAUAAGAUGAACAUUUAUUUUUACACAAUUAAGCCGAUAUUACCGAAUCAAGAGUUACUGGUUUGGUACUGCAGGGAAUUCGCGGAGAGGCUCAAUUAUCCGUUCACUGGCGAAUUAAUGCUUCAGAGAAUACGACAACAAGUACAACAAUCAACGCUACCAACGGAAAUCUCACCUACUGUUGACGUGAUGCCUCUAAAAGACUCAUCGAUUUACGAAAGGCGUCAGAUGACGCCAACGGAUGGUUCUGUGAGAUCGGACGAAGGUUACCACUCGAACUAUCACGACGAGAUUCUGACGCCGCCUGAGGAGAGCAGCGAAUCCGAUAGUGAAAACAAUUAUGUGCUAGAUUUUAGUAAAUCAUCGGUAUGUGGCAAUGAAAUUUUGAAGCAAGACAAUACCGCAACGAAGAACGAAUACAGGAAAGUCAAGAUCAAGAUAUCCAAAACCUAUGGCAACUUCCAGACAACAAAAAGCAUAACCGACAGCCCGACGAAGGACAAGGACCAGGAACUAUCCAAUAGAGCGGUUACCCCGGAACUUCAGAAACCGGUAUCGCCCAUCAUCCUGCAAAAGAGUACGAUAUUGUCAACUGUAAACGAAGAUGAGAUAGCUGAAAAGAAUCCAAAGCCUUUCUAUGAACCUGAAGUGAAAAACGGCAACCUAUCCAUGUCUGGCAGGUCCACCUAUCUGGUCAACCCACCCAGCAGUUCUAUCCUGGAGAAUAUUCUAUUACGCAACAGUACGGAUAAUAAUAACAAUAAUAGUCACAGUCAUCAUCAUAAUGUCGGCUCACAACAACAUCAUCAACACCAUCAAAUGCAUCAUCAGACUCAUGUGGACUCGGUGACGCCGCCACCUUCCAGCCCCACCGAAAUGGCGUAUUCUUACAAAAAGUCUCAUCGUUACGGUAACAUCCUACCCUGCAGUCCAGACUCCAGCUCAAACUUGCCCCUGCAAACGGACACGUGCGUCAAUUCGACCAGCGGUAAUGGCAGUGUGUUGCCCAGCAUGCAGAGCCCCACCAGCAACAUGCACUCCAGCACGGGAGGACCGCAUUCGAGCACCGGAGGGAGCAACGGCAGCUUGCCGAUGCAUCCCGGAAAUUUGCACUCGUCCAGUAACGCUGGCGGCAACAUUCAUUCCAGCACAAACGUACUCUCAUCUAACGCAAUACUGACGUCUACCAGCAAUCUGCACUCGGCAUCCACGACGAUGAACGGUUGUCCGCCAAAGCGAAAGACUAAGUCACCAUCGCCGUCGUCGAGUCAGAACGGCAUUUCAACUCCGACGACGAUCCUUUAUUCCGGUAACUCGGGCGCUACCGGUUCGGGAAGUUGUCAAAUCGAAUCUGCCAGUCCGGUCUAUCCGAAUUCCGCCGGCAGUAGUAGUAGCGGCAGCAGUAGUAAUCCGAGCAUCUCACCAAUCUCGCCGAUCCAAUCACCCUCGUCCUACGGUCCGUACGGCAAUUUGUACGGCCAUCAAAACGGCUCGCUGCACCAUAACGUGGAAGCGCCGUUAUCCAUCAACUGUACCGCCUAUUCGCCCACACCGAGUGGCAACGUCGGCGUCUACGAAAGGUCUACGGACGGCAGACGGCUGGAGGCAGCUACCAGCAGUAACGGCCACCAAUUACCCACCUCGUCGACCAUGCAAAUUGACAGUAACCAAGCGUUGAUCGCAGGAACGCACAAUCUCCACUUGGGCCAUCACCCAAGUCUCACUAUUCAUCCUAACUCUUCGUCGUUCCUAAAUAGAUAUUCGCCGAGUUCUUUGUCGCCGGACGAUCACGGUUGUUCCCAGAGCGGCUCACUCAGUCCCAACUCCCAGGGCUCGAGGGGCUAUAGAUCGCUGCCUUAUCCGCUCAAGAAGAAGGACGGCAAGAUGCACUACGAAUGCAACGUCUGCUGCAAAACCUUCGGUCAGCUGUCGAACCUCAAAGUGCAUCUCAGAACACAUUCCGGCGAGAGGCCCUUCAAGUGCAACGUCUGCACCAAGAGUUUCACGCAGCUGGCACACCUCCAAAAACAUCAUCUCGUACAUACUGGUGAAAAACCACAUCAAUGCGAGAUAUGCAAGAAGAGAUUCAGCUCGACCUCGAACCUGAAGACCCACCUUAGACUACACUCUGGCCAAAAGCCGUAUGCCUGCGAUCUUUGUCCCGCCAAGUUCACCCAGUUUGUUCAUUUAAAAUUGCACAAGAGGCUGCACACGAACGAACGGCCCUAUACCUGCCAGGGUUGCGACAAAAAGUACAUUAGUGCGAGCGGUCUCAGGACACAUUGGAAGACAACAAGUUGCAGACCGAACAACAUCGAGGACGAACUCGCGCUCGCCGCGGCCGUAGGUUCACCGACGUAUUACGAAUAUGGUCCUGACAUGAAUGUUGGAAAUAUGCCCAAGGAAUGCGAGUUGGAGCACAUCGAUAAUUACGACAGGCAUGGCUCAGCGCAUGGCCCGCACUCCACGUCUCUCCAUAAUCUGGAAAAUUCCGUGGGUAGGCCGAGCGUUAUAGAAACGUCCCAGCCGCAUAUUAUCGAAUGUACAUAAGUCACAUGAUGGGGUAUCAGCCCCUUUCUCGCUCCGGCGUAAAAUGUAACCGUGGAAAUGUAAGCGAGUUGCUCGCGAUCGACUAGAGGAGAGAAUGGACAAGAGAGCUCUUCUUCUCUGGAAUGGCAGCAAGUACGAGUUAAGUAAUAUCGAAUGAAAAAUUUUCGCAAACUCCUUUCUGUUUUUGAUAAAAUAUGAUAAAUUUAAAGCGAUAAAAUAACUUUGACAUUUUUCUAUUAAUACUUUCAUUUAGGAAUUUAAAUUAUUCUCUAAAAUUCUACAUUUUGGAAGUGAAAAGCAACUUUUUUUUUUAAAGAUUCACGCCUUAAUAUCAAAUUACUUUUUUAAAAAAAUUUGUAUCAGCUUUUUAAGUUUUAUUAUCUUUAAUUUUUUUACAUGAUUUUAAACGAUAUAAUAUUAAAUAUUUAACGAUAUAUUAUAUAAAUGAUAUAAACGAUAAACGAUAUAAAUGGUAUAAUAUUAAAUUGCUUAAAAGAAAUUUAUUGGCUUUUUGUUUGUCUUUAUAUUUAAUUUUUUUUUUUCAUUUUGGCUAUAAUCGAUUGAAUUAUUAAUGAUUUCAAAUGCUAAAUUUGAAUAUUAAUAGAAAUAAAGAUUCUAAUUUAUUUACUUUAAUUUGCUCUCUAUAAAAGUCAACUAUAUUCCAUUAAAAAAUAAAAGAGAAAGUUUGUCAACUUUUUUUAUAAAUAAUGAGAAAAUACAAGAAUAGAUCGCGAUAUAUACCGAGAAAUUUAUAAAGCGAUAGAUCAUCAUUAAUUGUAUAACAAAAAUCGUUCAAUCGAGUGGAAUAACCGCCAAUCUAAAACAAUAUAAUUUCUUAGCAAAUAUUAUUUAAAAUUUUGUUACUUUAGUGCCAAAGGCGAGAUCCAAAAAGAUUCAAGAAAAAAUUAAUUUUUUUUAAGGGAAUUGACGAAAUUUUUUCUAGAGGCGUAUAAAUUGUUCCUUCUUUAUAAAUAUAUACCCGUUUUUAUUCUUUUUUUCUAUAUUUUCUAUAUUUCGCGUUAUCAACGAAAGGAGUAUCAUUCAAAAUUGAGUUUGAACGGUAUACUUAAUCAACUAAAGCUUAAUCAACGAUAAAAUUGUAAUGUUACCAUUCCAAGAGAAAUAAGACAGAGUAUAAACAUAAUAAAGUACCAAAGUCGCUCGGAUUUCUCCGAGAAAUUUUCUCGAUUACUUUUCCACGAUGCAUCUUAGGAUCGCAUGUCGAAGAUGGUGAUAAUGCAAUAAAUCGCGCCAACGAUUUUAAUAUACAUAUAGUCUUUAAUCAUUUAAAAUAUAUUGAAUUGAUUAGAAAUCUUAUAAAUCGAUCUGACCUUUUAUAUACACAUUGCGAUUUUAUUUUUCUUAGGAAUAAUUAAACGAAAUUAUUUCUUAAUAUAUUCGCAGCGCUGCCAUCCAGUCAUCGGACUAAAAAAAAAAAAAAAAUAAAAAAUCUGUUUGGAUAGCCUAACAUAUAACAAAUUAAUAAAAAAUAAUUAAAUAUAAUAAUUAAAUAAAUAGUGCAUUUUAUUAAAUAUGUGAGCAAGCAACAAUUGUUAUCAGACGAGACAGCAAAAAUAUCAAUAGAACUCUUAUGUUUCACAAAUUUUAUAUCAGCUCAAGAAAAAAAAAGUGAAUAUAGUGACCCAUUUUGGAUGAUAGUGACUUUCUAGACUUGUCAAAAAAAAGUAACAAAAAGUGACUUAAGUAACUGGAUGGCAGCGCUGCUUAAUAUAUUCGUUUAAUGCUAUAUAUAAAUAACGACAUUACAAAUAUAACGCAUUAUAACGAAUAGAGUCAAUUUGAAACAUCGUGAGAAAAUCGCAAUGAGCAUCAAAUAUAUUUAAAAAAAAAAAAAGUUCACGUUUCACAUAUCGCACGAUUAGUUUUUACAAAACGAAAUGUCACGAUAUCUUCGACGUGCUUGGGUCGGUGUGUAAAAUGGCGGAUUUUGUCGGCACCCGUCAUGAGAUGUUCGCAUAAUGCGCAAGCAACAACAGCAAAGAGUAGUAAAAAGAAUACGAACAACCAGAGACGACACGACUGCAACUAUACGAGACCUGUACCUGUAUAUACUAAUAUUACUCUAUUAAUUAUUCAAUAAUUUAAAAAAGAUAAUAUAAGAAGUUCUAAUUUAUGAAUACCCGUGUAUAUAUAAGCAUGCGUGUGUGUGUGUAUCUAUGCCUAUAUACAUACGUGUGUACAGAUGUAUCAAGUAUAUAAAUUUACAUGUGUACGCACGUGUGUGUAUGUGCGUGUGUGUAUGUGUGCAUUGUUGCCGGUUAGCGAACGGUAUACUGCGCUUUACGGUAACUUUCCGCGGCAAAUUUUAUUAAAAAUAGAGUAAUUUAUUAAUGCGUGUUGUAUAAAAAACAAAACAAAAUGUUAAGAUCAUCGACAUGAGGUUCCAUUAUACUUAUUUCUAUUAUACUUGUGACUUUUUAUAUACGAUUGAUGUGUGUAACUCUCUCCUUUUUUCUAAAUGCUCUUUUUCUUUUUUUAAAAUCUUUAAACGAGAAAUUUUACAUUCAUCAUGUCGUGUUAAUAUUUAUCGAAAUUGCGAGUUUUCUCGUCAGGAUAACGAUGGCGAGAUCUCUUCUUUCCUAUUUUCAGACUUUAAUUGUAGAAAGAAGCGAUAAAGAUAAUCGUAUACAUCAAAUCAUGCACUGCAAUUUUUUAAUCGCUUCUAUUGUAUUAUUGUUAACAUUUAUUCCUCGAUAUGUAUUUCUAAUAUCGCUAUCCAAUUAAUUUUCAUUCUCGAGUGUGUUUCUACUACAGCUUUUUUAUAUUGAUUCUCUCUUUACACAACGUUUAUUGAUUAGGAAAGAAUAUACCUUGCAAACUUUUGAUUACCUAAAGAUAUUUUCCUGCGUGCGCUUUGAUGAAAAAUAUACCUAUAUCUUUAACUGAUUAAAAUCUAAAUAUGCAGAGGGAAUCAUCGUUUGUAUAAUUGAAAGUUAUGGUAGAAAGUCUAGUCAAAACAUUUUAAAAAGAGUUAGCACACAUUUAUACAAUAUGGCUAUCAAGUUUUCGUAAUGAUUUUUUUAAGAAACAAUCUGACCAUUAGGAAGAAAUUGUCGAUAAAUCUGUAAAAGUCAUCUAAAAAGGCGUGAUGGAAGAAGACGGAGGAGUUCCAAAAAGCGUUAAUUAUUAUUGACAUUUUAUCGACAUAUUAAAAAUUAUGUAAAACAUCGAGGCAACAACGUCGAAUAUUAAAACAAACAAAAUUUUUUCAACCUUUUGCUAUUUUUUUAUUAAAAAAAAAAAAGAAUAAUUUGGAAACUUGAUGGACAUACUGUAUAUGGUAUGCAUCUCUUAAGAAAGGUAUAUAUUUUGCAAAAUUAAAUUAAAUUUCUGCGAAAAUGAUUUAUCAAAGGGUCAUCUUGUGUGCAUGAAUAAUCGAUUCUUUGAUCACGUUGUACUUGCUAUACAAGCAGAAAAAGAAAAAAAUUAGAAUUAACGAAUAUAAUUGUCGAAGAUCUAAUAUUUCUUUUUCAUUAAUUUUACACACAUUUGAUGAAUUCGUACUUCCAUUAAUGCUAAGCUGGGUGAAAUGAGUUAACUCCAAGCGCAGCUUACCGUAUGUAAUGCGAGACAAAUCCUUUUUACUGAACGGCGAUUCGUUCUGAGACUUCGUGAAAAACCGGAAUGAGACUUUUUAAAAGAAUAAAAAUUUUAAACGCGGAGUCGAUGUUUCCGAAAUGCCGUUCCGUAACGAUAUCGAUCUAAAAGGCGUAUCGCAGACUGAUAUAUAUAUAUAUAUAUAUGACUAUCGAGCGUUUGUGAGAUUCUAAAAAACCACAUACACAUCGCGAUACGAUUCUGUGCGAAACGAGAGAAUGAACAGAGAGUGAGAGAGAAAAGAGAGAGAGUUUGUAUGUCUGUGUGCGUGAUACAAAUUAUGAAUGAUUUUCAAGAUUAUAGGAGCGCAGAGUGUGUUAGGGAAUGUAUUAUUAUUCUAAAUUUUGGCUUCCUUCGCAAGAUCCUCCGAGGUUUCGGUUUCGCAAAAAUUUUCCUCUCACGUUCGAUGCUACGCAAUAAAUUUAAAUCCACCAAAAAA